AUGGCCGCCCCGCAAGCCGCCAGCAGCCUGGCGACCAAACUGCCCACGCGCCUCCGCAACUUCUUCGCCCGCUAUCCUCCGCAAAUCUAUUCCACGACCGUCCGCCCUCCGAUCGAAGUCCCCAAGCCAGCUGCACUUGCUCAGGCGGCGGCCGCCGCAGCCCCUAACACCACGACCACCACGAACACCACCACAUCCACAACCACAACAACCACCACCUCCAGCAGCAUCUCCCCGGUCACCGACGCGAUCACCGAAUCCCUCCUCCCAUCCCCCUACACCCCGAACCGCGAAGCGAAGGGCUACCAGCCGCCGGACCACAAGUACUCGGACGCGCUGCUGUGGAAGGGUCCCAAGGGUCGGCUCAAUCCGUUCCUGCCGCGGAAGCUGGGCGAGCGGAAGUGGGAAGGCCCCAAGAUCGGCCUGCGCCGGCAGGCGGAGCUGGUGAAGCUGGCCCGCCAGUUUGGGGUCGAGGAGCUGCUCCCGCCCAGCCGCAAGUCGGCCGAGUACAAGGAGGCCCGCCGCGCCGAGAACCAGGGCCUGGCCAUCAAGGGUACCGGUGUCGGGCAGAAGGUCAAGGGCCACAAGUGGGAACGCACCAUGGAGGCGCGCCUCGAGGACCGGCGCAAGGCCAUGCUCGAGAUGCCCGAGAUGGUGCGGUUGUGGAAGCAGAGAGGUCAUGGUCGUGGUUGGAAGCAGUGGCCCAAGAAAUAG